AUGCUCGCCUCGCGCGCGCCGCGCGGACGUCUCGGCGUCGCGAACGCGUCGUCGAGGUCUGUCGACGAGCGCGUUCGUUCAGCCGCCGAGAGGCGACGGAGAGAGGCCGACGACGCGAGCGCGCGCGCGCGUUCGCGGCGGACGAGGAAGACGAUCGAGGCAUUGCGUCGCGUCCGUGGGUUUUUCGAGCUCGGGGGGGUCGAGGCGUACGAGACGAUCGAUGAGACGCAGCGGGAGACGUUCGGGUUGGGGACGCGCGAGACGGCUCUGGCGGAGAUCGGCGUGUAUCACGGGCGGUCGUUCUUGGCGCUGACGGCGAUGCGGGGAAGCGAAGAGAAGUGCAUAGCGAUCGAUUGCUUCGCGGAGCAAGAUUUUAACGUCGAUGAGAGCGGGAGAGGGGAUUUGGAUAAGUUUACGAAGAACGCUCGACGCUUUUGGCGAGGCGGCGGGGAGUCGGCGGACGACGAGUCGGUGGACGGACUGCCCAGUUUCAUCGAGAUCGUGCAAGGAAAUUCGGUAGACUUGGCACCGAGAGAUAUUGUGGGCGACGGUGGGAUCAAAGUGCGGAUAUUCAGCGUCGACGGAUCGCACACCGCGGAGGCGACGCUCUCCGAUUUACGCCUCGCCGAGGCGUGCUCGCAUGCUCACGGCGUCAUCAUCUUAGACGACUGUUUCAAUCCCGAUUGGCCCGGAUGUAUCAGUGGACUUUCACAAUACCUUGCACACGGUGGUAAGUUCGUACCGUUCUGCAUCGGACACAACAAAGUCUUCUUAAGCACGGCCGAGGAUUCGGCGACAUACGCUCGCGCAUUCGCUCCGGCAGCGAGGAAAAACGCCGAGCUCUUCGGGCACGACUGCGUCGUCCUCAAACACGGCUGGAUCGCCACAUUUCAUGCCAAUGACGACACUCGAGCGAUUUAG